CGAGACACGCGGGGAGACACGCGGGGAGACACGGGGCCGCUCGGGGGAGACACGGGGAGACACAUUGACCGAGACACACGGGGGUGGUAGUGGUGGUGGGGGACACACACACACACAAAGGUACACAGAUUCAGGGACGUAGACGCAUAGACACGGACACAGAGACACGCGAUUGAAAGAGAUAUUUAGACACGGGGAGACAGACGGGGAAACUUGCCAGUGACACCUCUGCAGACCUGCAGAGUGCCGCCCAGACCCGGCACUUCUGAACUCAUCCCUGCCCAGCACAGCCGAGCGGUGCCCAACUGCGCGCCCUGUCCCAUUGCCCAGCUGAGCUGACAGCCAUCGGCCCGGACUUCCCUGCAUGCGGUGGCAGCAACGGCGAGCAGCAGCAGCAGCAGCGACAGCAGCGGGGAGCAGCAGAAGAAUAAGAAGAAGAGGAGGAGGAGGAGCCCCAAGUCGGCGGAUCAACUCUGUGCAGUGCAGCUCGGGACGCAGCGAGCGGACCCGGCGCCAGCGUAGGGGGCCGGCUCGGGCGAUGGUUUCCGCGUGAUCCACGGCAGCCCGUCCACCCCCCGUUCCCCCCCACCCGGGCGUCCACCCCCCACCCGCGCGCCAGCGUCCGCCGCCAGCACCGCCGUCGCGAGCCAGAAAGACGCGCGGACGGACGGACGAGGGCGCGCGCUAAAUGCGUGAGAGCGGCACGAGCGUGGGAGCGACGCGGGAGCCCAGCCCCGAGGAGACGUUCCGCAUGGACCUGCAGCGCGGGGCGGCGGCGGCGGCCGCGUUCCGCAUGGAGAACGCGGCCUACCUGCAGGGCCCGCUCACCUCCCCCACCGCGCUCAUGGUGCUCGCCUCCACGGCCGACACGGGCCGCGCCGAGCAGCAGCAGCGCGCGUUCGCCGCGGUGGCCGCCGAGAAAGAGGCCGCCGCCGCCGCCGUGCACAUCCCCUUCUCCAAUGGCUCCUAUGCCUUCGCCUCGCUCUACCACCGGCCCGCCGUCGCCAUGGCCGGCUACGGCACGCGCGAGUUCCCGCCCCCGGGCCUGCUCCACCUGCACCCGCAGUUCGCGACGGCGCCGCCGCCGGGCCUCGGCCUGCUCGGCCACGGCGGCGUCGGCGCCUUCCGGCCGUUCGCCUCGCCCGGCGACGACCGAGACGGCUCCAACGGGGCCUCCGGCGGUGGAGGCAACGGCGGCGGCGGGGGCUGCGGCUACCAUCAGUCGGCGUUCACGCCCGCCAAGCGACUCAAGGGCGUGCUGGCGCAGGCCGAGGCGGAGGGGGCGGCCGCGGCCGCGGCGGCCGCGGCGGCCGCGGCGGCGGCGCUGCACUUGCGCUUCUCGGAGCCGGAGGAGUACGGGCCGGCGCACCCGUCCCUGCCGCACCCUGCCCACAGCCGGCCCUCGGCGUCGCCCGGCAGCCUCAAGCUGGAGGAGCACAGCAAAAUGGCGUUCACGGUGGCCGGCCUCGUCGCGUCCGACCGGGACGGGCUGCCCAGCCCCCAAGAAGGACGGAAGAAGGCGAGCCUCUUCGACGGACUCAGCCCCACCAGCUGCCCCGUGUGCGGCGUGACGCUGCGGCCCGGGGAGCUGCGUGAGCACCUGGAGCAGGAGCUCAACACCCUGCGGCAGCUCUUCAGCGCGAAGAAGCCUCUGUCCAGGGACCCCCUGCUGCUCGGCCACAGCAAGCUGUCUCCGUGCUCGUCGUCGGACAGGAGGCGAGAGGGGGACAUCCCGUCGCUGUCUCCCAUCUCGUCCGAGGAUCUUCAGCUGUCGGAUCGUUACCAGACCUUCCUGCGCGUCAGAUCCAACCGCCAGUCAAGACUCAAUGCUCGCAUCGGGAAGAACAAGAGGAAGAAGCCGCUGGAGGAAGGGCAGUACGAUGGAUCGUUCGCCAACGAGGACGAGGAGAUGGAGACGGAGGGCGAGCGGAGGGUGGGAGGAGGCCACCAUCGUUACGACGAGUUCGAGUGGUGCCGGCCCCCGCGACUGCCCGCGCCGCCACUGCUCGACGGCGCCGCCAAAGGCGCUCACCCGAUGCUGGCGCUGUCCGCGCUGCACGGCGCUCGCCUCGAUGGCCACGACAGCGACGCGGACCUGGACGUGGACGGGGACGACACGCUGGACUACGGCAAGCCACAGUACUCGGAAUCGGACAUCAUCCCGUGCAGCACGGGGGACAGAGGCGGCGGCGGGGAGCAGCCGGCGCGCGAGAGCCCUCGCCCCGCCGGUGCCAGUGCGGACGGCUCGCCAGCUCCCUCCGCGCGCCCCGGCUCCGAGGCCGCUACGUGGCCCAGCGACGAGACCCCGUCCACGAGCGCCGGCGAGGGAGACGGCGCCACCGCCGCCGCGCAGGAGCAGCACAAGUCGGCGGAGGGGGACGGCGACAAGACGGGUCGCGGUGACGAAGUGUCGGGGGCCGUCGUGGCCGCCCUGAAAACUCGCAUCCACGACCUGGAGCGGCAAGUGAAACGAGGAGACAAACACAAGUGUCUGAUCUGCAUGGACUCGUACGCGCUGCCGCUCACCUCCAUCCAGUGCUGGCACGUCCACUGCGAGGAAUGCUGGCUCCGCACCCUGGGCGCGAAGAAGCUGUGUCCCCAGUGCAACACCAUCACCUCCCCCGGAGACCUCCGACGCGUGUUCCUGUAGUGGCGGGGCCGGGCCCCCCCCCCCCCAACUCCCCCCAACUCUCCCCGCCGCCGCCGCCGGCUCCCGUCCGGAACGAAGGGGACACUUCCACCGAAAUGUCACGUGCCUCGGCACCGAUCGGUGAGCGUCGGCGCUGACGGGGGCGCCGCGAAAACGGACCACCGGUGUGAGCGAUGGCAGCGGAGGCGGAGGAGGAGGCGCCCAAAUUGUACGCGUUUUUCCGUGCGUGUCGUUUUUUUUCUUCUCCGUUCGCGUUUUUCGUCUGUGGGGGGGGGGGGGGCGGGGCUUCCCUGUUCAAGGCCCCGUCCGCUGAGGCCACGGCGGCGGCACGGGUGGUGGGUGUUUUUUUUCGGGGGGCGGGCGAGCGAAGGGGUUUGUGGCCCCCCUUCUCUCGCAGUCCCCGCCAAUGACAAAGAUGAUGAUGCUGCUGCUGCUGCUAUCGCUGCCUCUCGGUUCCUGGAAAGUUUUUGUUUUUCCAGUUCUCACUUCCCCCCCCCCCCCUGUCGUCCCCAUUAAACGUGACGACGGCGGCGGCGGUGGCGGCACGCACAGCUGCACGGGCGCCGGAAACUUCUCAGUAACGGAGCGUAUAUUUCUUGCCGCUUAUUUAAGUAAAUAAAGACAACAAAGCAAACGCUCAAAUAAUAAUGGUGAAUAGGAAUCUGCUGCCAAUGCAUUGGCUUGUUAUUUAAAUGUCAUGUCCAAAAAGUUUUUUUUUUCUGAACAGAGGUGUAUUAAAAUCGGGCCAAAACUGUAUGCAUAGGCUGCCCGUUUAGCUUUCUUCCGGAAGAUAUUUUGUCGUUCAUGUAAAGUCGUGAUGUCGUGAUGUUGUACAGAGGAAAUUCUAUAAAAUCGGCGAAGCGCCGCCCGCGCGUGAACCCUGCGGACACGGGGGGCGAGGCGCGAGAACUCUCCCCAUAACCCCCCCCGCCCCCCCCCUUCCUUCACAACCCGUCACGAACGCACACUCGGGACACGGAGGAAAUCGCGUCGACGGAGCGACCGCGGAACGGCCAACCGACGCGCGGGUCCCGCAUCUCGCACGCAUCUCGCACGCAACUCGCACGCGCGUGCGAUUCGCAGCAACGUUUUAAAAGCACAACUGCAACGAGGAGGCCACGUGCUCUCUCUCUCACCGGUCUCGUGGUGUGACGAACGCCGGUGCCGUAGCAGCGCCGGCGCGAUCCCGGUGUCGUCGCCCCCCCUCCCCCCCCCCCCCCCCCCGGCCAACGUUCUUACCGCUCGCCAAAGGAUGCAAAUCCCUGCCGCUCGCCCAAAACGCCCCCACCGGGGGAAGAGUUUCGGGCGAAAUGAGUUGUUCCUUGCAAGUCCCAGUCUCCUGACCUGUCUGAACGAUCCAGACCAAUCGGUGUGUGUGUAUGGAGUGUGCGUGUGUAGAGUGUGUGCUGUGUGAUGCUGUGUCUCGAUGUGUGUGGCGCGUACCAUGUGCGAUUCUGUGUGUGAUGCUGUGUGUGUGUGCUGCUGUGUGUGUUUGAUGCUGUGUGUGUGACGCUGUGUGUGUGUGUGAUGCUGUGUGUGUGCUGCUGUGUGUGUGCUGCUGUGUGUGUCGUGUGUGUGUGAUGCUGUGUGUGUGCUGCUGUGUGUGUUUGAUGCUGUGUGUGUGACGCUGUGUGUGUGGUGCUGUGUGUGAUGCUGUGUGUGUGCUGCUGUGUGUGUGCUGCUGUGUGUGUCGUGUGUGUGUGCUGCUGUGUGUGUGAUGCUGUGUGUGUGUGCUGCUGUGUGUGUGGUGUAUGUGUGUGGUGUGUGUGUGUGGUGUGUGUGUGCUGCUGUGUGUGUGAUGCUGUGUGUGUGGUGCUGUGUGUGUGACGCUGUGUGUGUGACGCUGUGUUUGUGACGCUGUAUGUGUGACGCUGUGUGUGUGACGCUGCAUGUGUGUUGCUGUGUGUGUGGCGCUGUGUGUGUGGCGCUGUGUGUGUGCUGCUGUGUGUUUCAUACUGUGUGUGUCAUGCUGUGUGUGUCAUGCUGUGUGUGUGUGCAGUGUUUGUGAUGCGGUGUGUGUGCUGUGUGUGUGGUGCUGUGUGUGUGAUGCUGUGUGUGUGACGCUGCGUGUGUGAUGCGGUGUGUGUGACGCUGUGUGUGUCAUGCUGUGUGUGUGGUGCUGUGUGUGUGGUGCUGUGUGUGUGGUGCUGUGUGUGUGACGCUGUGUGUGUGGUGCUGUGUGUGUGGUGCUGUGUGUGUGGUGCUGUGUGUGUGACGCUGUGUGUGCUGCUGUGCGUGUGUGUCAUGCUGUGUGUGUGCUGUGUGUGUGCUGUGUGUGUGAUGCUGCGUGUGUGACGCUGUGUGUGUGACGCUGCGUGUGUGUUGCUGCGUGUGUGACUGAUGUGUGUGUCAUGCUGCAUGUGUGAUACUGUGUGUGUGCUGCUGCGCGUGCGGCCGACUUCUGCUCCGAGCGCCGCUUCACCCUCUUAGAGUAGCUCUCGACGUGACCUGGCGGAUUGAACGCCAACCCGCCAUGGAGCACGUGGAAUUAUCACCCAGUCCCUUAUAUUAUAAAUAUUCACAGGCAGCCAAUUCCAGCCGGCCACUGACCCCUGACCUUCAGUGCAGCGUGUGUGAUAUAGGGGGAUCAUGAUGACCACAAUGAAUCGUCGAUAAAAUGUCGACGCUUACAUCUCACGACGGCGCGCUGUCGGAUUGCCGCGCGUCAUAAGCGACGUUUCUCGAUUUGUAUAUAUGUUGUACGUAACGGGGUUCGCGUGACCCCUGCCGCCACUGGAGGGGCUACCAUUCACUGCAAUGUUAAAUAAUAGAUUAUUAUUGAAUCGAAUCGCCGUGGUGAGGGUGCGGGUGGGGGGGUCAGUGGGGUGGUGAAUCGUUACACCUCCGGUGUGAUGUAUCUGGGUGUGCGGUGUGAGUGUCUCUCUCUACCGCAGCGUCUGCCAGAUGUCUCUGUUAGCGUGGAGGGGAGUGACUGCUCGCUCAGCGCACUUGAUGGACCAUGUCAGGGGAAUCCUCUCUCUCUCUCUGUGUCUCUCUCUCUCUCUGUCUCUUUCUGUGUGCAUCUUUCUCUGUCUCUCUCUCUGUGUCUGUCUCUCUGUGUGUGUCUCUCUCUGUCUGUCUUUCUCUGUGUGUCUCUUUCUCUGUGUGUGUCUCUCUCUCUCUGUGUCUCUCUGUCUCUCUCUGUCUGUCUCUCUCUGUCUCUCUCUCUCUGUGUGUCUCUCUGUGUGUGUCUCUAUCUCUCUAUGUCUCUCUCUCUGUCUGUCUCUCUCUGUCUCGAGUCCAGCUCCAAGCCGAGCAGCGACACUGGCCCGCUCCGUUCCGUUUUUUUUGUUUAAUACGCAGAACUCCGUGCGAUAUCGGUGGCGUCUGCGUGACGCGUGACAUAACCGCCAUCACGUAACACUCAUCGGAUGAGACCACGCUCAUCGGAUCUCGGGAGCUAAGCCGGUGUGAGCCUGCGUAGCGCCUGGACGCAUUGCCAUCAGGGCUUUGCCAGCGGCGGUAGACACGAGUAGGCGAGUUUGCAACGUGAUGGCAGUGCCAAGUGUCCACCCCCUCUCGAGUUAUGGGUUUUCUCCGCGGUCUCCAUUUUCUCCCCGCACGAAGCCAAAUCAGAUGUGAUUGACCACACAUCCCAUGGUGUGAGGGACGAAGGCGACUGAGACUCGUCGGGAUUUUCGCCAUGAUUAAUUGACACGCAUCAUCAUUAACAGUAUUAUGAUAACAACAAAAAUGGAACCAGACUGGUCCGUUCACAGCACCUCGAAGACGAAGCCGUGCAGCUUUAGUCAAAACACAAUUCGAUUCCAGAAAUGUGCAAAAUUUAACCCCACGGGGAGACCGGUGGUGUGAGAUUUGGGUGACUACUGCGCUGCCUAAGAAGCACGUGGACUCAUCGUUCACGCCUCGCCAAAGUCCGCGGGACUCCCUAAAGAGCUCCCCGUGCCGGGCAAUGUUGGGUAGAGCGGGAGCCACUGGAGCAGACUCACGGAGUCCGAGGAAGACCCGCGCGUGACGGUUUGUGUGGUGGUGGUGGUGGUCGGGGGGGGGUGAAAGGUGUCACCGUAUUAUCCGGAUUCUAAGACGCACCCGAAAUGUCAGUACUGUCACACGCGCGCCUACCGGAUUAUAAGACGCACCCACGACUCCCCCCCCCCCCAUUCAUAUCCACGGAGUUGCGUGGAGGGGGGGGGGGGUCCCGUAGUGCGUCAUUACCUGGAGAAUACGGUGACAGGACCCGCGCGGCCACCAAACACACACGCAGCCCUGAACCUCGUAGCUUACACGACCCAGUGCAAGGCCGUUGCGUCUUUUUGUUUUGUAUCCCUCGUUAGUGACGACAACAACAACAAAGAGACGCGUUACGGUCAGGCGCACAGUCGUAUCGCUCGUGACGUCACAGCGGGUCACGUGUCACCCAUCGUCACAAGGGGGAUGGCCGCCCCACGUGACUUGAGAGUAUUUUUUCAAUGUAAUUUAAAAUAAACCACAUUUUUAAAAAUGUCAUUAAAUAAUAACGCAUCUGUCGGAUAGCCCGGGACACACACACACACACAGAGACAAGGUAGGCGCGCGCGUGUGUCUCACAAGUUCAGAUCUGCCUGUCGAUUGAGGCUAGCGUCUCUUUAAACAAAUGGAUAUCGGAGAUAGCAACAACAACGACAACGACGACACAUGGCGCGGGCUAACGAGUUGAGCUCCCGUCGCAAGUUCGUGACGAGAGGUGACUGCGGCGGUGGCGGCAUGGCGAGCGCUUCAUCCAGCGGUGGAUUGAGCAUGGCCCUCCUGAUGACGACGGCGAGCGAUCAAGGAGCUCGGGUUCGUCCCGGGGUCGAUCGGUCGCUCGCACGGACGUUGGGGACUUCUUUCGCACCGUACGACGUAGCCCACAGUGCUGACCGGUGCAAGGCAUUGGAUUCGCAGUGGCAUCGGAGAGCGCGCCUCCACCCCCCCCACCCAGCCCCCCCCAGCCCCCUCCCCCCCCCCGCACCAUCCGCCCCCCACUCCCCGACCCGCACGUGUUGAUUCUGUAGGGGCCCCACGGGCGCCGCGGCCUCCGCGGGGGGCGGGGGGGGUUCGGUUAGCCCCGAGGGCCGACCGAGGCGACCGAGUGUACAUUUCGGUCAAGGUAUAUAACAAUGUCGCUGUUUGUAACACGAAUACAUAAUUAAAGUGAGCAAGUGUGUGUUUAUUAUGUGUACGGUUGGAGCUGUCGUAUACUAACAGCCCUUCCUCCCCAUCGCAAGUCUUACCUACGAGUCGUGCCGCUUCUGUAGCCGAGUGUCUUGGUGUCGCUGUGAGUGAUGACGACGGCUGUACAUAGGCUAGCGAGCCACCACGCGUGUGUACAGUCCCGGUUCCGUGAUGAUUCAUGUGGUUGGUGGUGGUGGUGCUGGUGGUGCUGGUGGUCUCUUUUUUUGUAGCGAGAGCUUUCCGAAAAAGGUUUAAUAAAAUGAAAUUUGAUGGUGUG